GCUGCUGCUGCUGCUGCUACGCCCAAGGAGGAGCGGAGCUGAUCGGCUGCGAUGGAGACCGCGGGGACGACGCCGACAGGGAGCAGCGCGGGGCGCAAAAGGAUCCCCGCCCGGGAGAGGCCCACGGCCGAGGACGAGGCCCUCAACCUGAUCGCUCGCGAGGGAGAAGCAAGACUCGCGGCAAAGCGUGCGGCACGAGCUGAAGCACGGGAAAUUAGGAUGAAAGAACUUGAGAAGCACCAGAAGGAGGUUGAAGAAAGGCCUGAAAAAGACUUUGAGAAGGGAAUCCAAACUGCAUCAAGCUUGUCAGCAGCUCCCUUGGCCUCCCUAGGUGGAACCUUCUCUGGCCGAGGCAGCGGGGAUACCUCCAUCUCAACUGAUACGGAAGCCUCUGUUAGAGAAAUUAAGGACUCUUCUGAUGAAGUUGAAGAAAAAUAUAAGAAAGCUAUGGUUUCAAAUGCUCAAUUAGAUAAUGAGAAAACAAAUUUUAUGUACCAAGUAGAAACCCUACAGGAUGCAUUAUUGGAACUAGAGGAGCAGCUUGCAGAAUCUAAGAGGCAAUUUGAAGAAAAAAACAAAGAUUUUGAGAGGGAAAAACAUGCUCAUGCUACAUUGAAAUUCCAGUUCAUGGAACUCAAAGAGGCUCUGAAACAAAAAGAAGAACUGCUUGCUGAAAUCCGACAACUGCAACAAAAACAAGAGGGUUUUGUCAGUGAAAUAACUGAUCUUCAAGAGACAAUAGAAUGGAAAGAAAAAAAGAUAGGGGCAUUAGAAAGGCAGAAAGUUUUCUUUGAUUCCCUAAGAAGUGAGCGAGAUGAUCUUAGAGAGGAGGUGAUUUUGCUGAAGGAACAAUUAAAGCAAUCUGGAACAAUCACCAAUUUAGGAAUGGCUACCAAUGGAGAAAUCUCUGAUUGUGUUGCUGCUAAGGAUGGACUAUCAAAUUCUUCCAAGGUUGUUUCAGAGCCAAGUCAGGUCUUUAAAGUAUCUGAGGAUUGUACAGAAGGCAGAGAAAAUGAAGUGGAGAUGGAAAAUGAGAUUUUGGAGAAUAUGGGGAAAAAGGAAAUCUUGCAGAAUUCUGAGCAUGAGGAAAACACAGAGGACACUAAGGAUCAGGAAAUCAUUCUCAAAUGUUUGGAAAUAAAGACAUUGCCUGCUGAUGAAAAUGUAGAGACUAAGAAAAUCACUGAAGCCAAAAUUACAUCAACACUGAAAUCAAAUAGUGGACUUGAUCCUGUAAAAAGUUACUCAGAAUGUACCAAAGAAAUUGUUUCACUUGAAAAAAGCUAUUCAGGUGAAUUAAAAGUUGAAGGGGCUUCACCAAGUCAUAUUUUAGAAGAGAAAGUGUCUGAUGGAAAUAUAAAUGUAACUCAUAAUCAAAAUUAUACGGCAGAUCCAAGUAUUGAGAUCAAUCAAGAAAUACAUGCCAAUUUAGAAAUAGUUUCACAACAGGAAAAUAAAAAAAAACAAAUAGAUAUUGUAGUUGAUGAGUCAGAAGGGAAUAGUGAAGUAUUUUGGGAAGCUUUAGAUUUUAUAAAUAAUAGCCACAUGGCAAUUUCUACUUCACCAGAAUUGGAAGAUGCUAUCCUUAUGAAAGCCUCCACUAUUGAUCUUAAUAGUGAACAAUCAAAAAACGGAGUUGUUGAGGGAGAUUUAAACAGAGAAUUUCUUAAAAAUGAACAAAAUUCUUCCAUAAAUGCUGUAACAAAAGGGCCAAAAAUAGAAAUGUGUGAAACGAAUGAAGAGAACGAGGCACAAAGUAUGAUAGUGCAGCAGGAGGACCAAAGAGUAGAUUUUGCAGAAGAAGAAGAAGAAAAAACAUUGUGUCCUACAAAAGUUACUUUGAAUGAGUUUGGAGAGGAACAAGAACAAGUUAAAAUUGAAGAAAUCCAGUCCCUACCUUCAGAACACGAUGCAGCUGUUGAGAAACAAAACGAGGAAGAGUUGGGAGCAAAUAAAGAAAACGUUGAAGAUAUGGAGGCCUUAAAUGCUUAUUUAGAUUUUGAGGAAAAGAACGAGGAACGUCCCGUGAAAGAUCUUCAUGCAGAAGGAGCUGUUGUAGAUUAUAUAAAUCAAAGCAAAUGCCAGACCUAUGAAGAAACAGAGGCAAACAGAGAUAAUGAUUCCAGCUGUAAUAUAAAAUCAGCUUGCACAGCUGGGUCUCUGGCUGAUAGUGAUAUACUAAAUAAAGAAGUUGCUGGCAGUCAUAAAGAAGUUUUAUCUGCAGGGAAACAAAGUGUAGAUAAAGAAGGCAAUCCCGUUGAGUCUGCUGUAACGGCAACUACAAUGAAAGGGGAUACUGAAGAAGCAGGUAAAAACUGCAGGCAGCUGCGUGAAGAAAUCCACAGUAUUAUUGUGCCAGAUGUUGGGGAGGUUGUUUGUGCUGAAAAACAGAAGACUGGAUUCAUUGAACAAAACAAGCCUGAGAGUGAAGAAAUAAUUGCAGAAGAAUAUCAUGAAGCCUUAGAGGUUGGUGUGGAUGCUUGUUUUGGAGAAUUGAAAAUUUCUGAAAAGGGAGAUGGCCAUUCUAGUAAAGAUAAGGAAAAGGUUUUAAAAGGCAGCUUAAUCUCAUCAGGUGAAGAAGUUGCACCUGAGGCUUUUGUGAAAGAAAGUGAGAGUAUUCAGCAGCUGAAAGAACAUACAUUUGAAGAAGUCAAAUUUGUGCAGAGCGAUGUAUCUGUUUCUGAAACAACAAAGUCACAGUGUGGACAGCUGGAAGAGGAAAGUAAAUUGUUGGAUGAAAUCCGCUCAGUACAAAUUGCUGAUUAUACAUCAGAACAGUUGGAAAACCCAGAGAGCGAUGUGGAUGAAAGUCAAGAGGAAACACAAAGGAAUAAGAAGGGGAAAGGUAAAUCUCGGGAAGACUAUGUAGACAUAAAGCACUACUACUUAACAAAUACCCUGCAUGCUCACAGUAGAAGACGUAGCGUUUUGCAUGCCGCGGGGGCUUCUACUGAGGUGACAAGCAUGCUUUGUGGGAUUGGCAUAACCUCCCUGGGUUGGAAACCCCUCCUCCCCAGCCCUGUCUGUGACAUCAUUCACUGUGACUUUAGAUUAAAAAGACUUCUGGAUGAGCGAGAAUUUUUACUUCAACAGAUAAAAAAAUUAAAGGGACAACUGGAAGAAAAACAAAAUAGUAAAAUUGAGAAGUCACAUUUGGAAGAUGGAGUCCUAGAAAAUGGCCCAGACAUGCAUGUGGUUGAUCUUCAAAGAGAUGCAAACAGACAAAUCAGUGACCUGAAAUUUAAGCUUGGAAAAUCUGAGCAAGAGAUUACAGCACUGGAACAGAAUGUGUUUCGGUUAGAAGGUCAAGUUGUUCGCUAUAAAACAGCUGCAGAAAAUGCCGAAAGAAUAGAGGAUGAAUUGAAAGCAGAGAAACGUAAGCUCCAAAGAGAGCUUCGAUCAGCAUUAGACAAAACGGAAGAGCUUGAAGUCAGUAAUGGCCAUCUAGUUAAACGCCUAGAGAAGAUGAAAGCCAAUAGAAGCGCUUUGCUCUCUCAGCAAUAGAUAGAUGGCAGAGCUCUUGCUGGGCCUGCUGGACUGAUUGACAACUUAUGGCUGCACCUGUUUGGGAUCCUUCCAUGUUUCUGAAGACAACACAGUUCUCAUGCAUGAAUCCAUGUGCCCACAUGCCAACCUCCUGAAGUUUUGGCUAUGUAGAUUCUGAGCUGAUACAACUGUGAUUAUGAACAACUGCUCCAAAUGAUUGUCUCUCUCAGAUUCAAUACUGUAGCUGUAAGCAAUUCAAUAAGCACAUAAUAUCUCCCUUUAAGUCCUCAAUUCGAUACGGCAUUUUGAAAACAAUACUGAAAGGACGUUUAUUGUCCUGUUAAACUGGAAAUUUGAAUUUUCUUUCCGGAAAUUAGUUUUUUUUUAAGACUAAUUUUCAGAUUUCCUGUAAUGGCUGCAUCUGAAAGAAUAGCAACCCUAGCAUAUCCUUAUCAAGUUCUUAUAUAUAUAUAUAAAAACCCUGGAACCAGAAGCCAUUGCAGAACAAAUGUUCAGUUUUGAAAUCAUGGAUGAAAAUGGUCUUGGAAGCAAAAGUGACCUUAUUUGACUUCAUCAAAUAAAACUUUAUAAGCAAUUUUUCUCCUGUUCAUUUAUGACUACUUCAUUUCAGGAUCAAAUGGCAAUAGCUUUACUUUAAAAAAAAAAGAAAAGUUUUUAUUAUUAUUUAAUCUCUGUAUUUGGAAUUCAGUUAAAUGAUUUGUUAUAAAGAAUGUAAUGUUGCAAUAAAGGCAAGCCAAUGUUUUAAAAUUUA